AUGGGAUUGUUGGGAGUCGUUCGAUCCCGAUUUCGUACAGGCAAGACACCUUUCGAGGUGGCUUCGACCGAUCAUGAACCGGCUGCGACAUCACCUGCGAAAUCAACCCCAGUCGAUACGGUUCUCGGAGACGAAGAAAAGGUCAACUGGACCAGUGAAUCGGUUGCCAUUGAUCCAGAAUGCGAUGAAAACCACCCAGAAGUCGCCGCCCUGCCCAUCACGGUGAGGCAACUGGUCAGUCUCAAGGACGAUCCAGAGCUGCCCACAAUCACGUUCCGUUAUUUCGUUCUUUCUGUCGUCUUCGUCGUUCCUGGAGCGUUCCUCUCGCAGAUGAGCUACUUCCGUACCACCGAGGCUCCCUACUCCAUCUUUUUCGUGCAGAUUGCUUGCCAUUAUGCCGGUCAUUUCCUCGCCAGAGUCCUUCCCGCAACCAAGAUCCGGGCGCCUUGGACACAAUGGUCUUUCAGCUUGAACCCAGGCCCGUGGAGUAUUAAGGAGCAUGUGUUGGUGACGCUGACCGCAGCGUCUGGGGCCACCUAUAACCUGGGGUAUACUCCGAUCGCACUCGCAGAGCUCUACUAUGGGCAGGUUAUCAAUCCCGCGGUAGCCAUCUUCUUCAUGCUUGCCAUUGUGUGGAUCGGAUACGCCUUUGCGGCAUUGGCGCGACAGCUCUUGAUGCACGAUCCUGAGUACAUCUGGCCACAGGCUCUCAUGCAGACGACGCUGUUUGAAACUUUCCGCAGGACGGACAAAUCGUCGCCUCUAGCCCGGCGCCAGAUGAAAAUCUUCUUCUUUUCCCUUUUGGGCAUGACUCUGUGGCAGUUCUUGCCCGAAUAUGUCUUUCCAUUUACUUCUUCACUCGCCUUUCUUUGCUGGGUUGCACCACAUAAUAAGGUCGCCAAUUUUGUGGGGUCUGGAUUAGGGGGCAUGGGCUUCCUCAAUCUCUCUCUGGACUGGUCCAACAUAAAUUGGAAUAUGUCUUCGAUUAUGCUCACCCCUUUCUGGACUCAGGUGAUUCUGUUUCUAGCGUUUGUCUUCAAUUGCUGGGUGCUUCUUCCGGCGGCGAAAUGGGGUAAUCUGGGCUCAUACCAUCAUGGUCUCAUGUCCAACAGCCUGCUUACAGCAAAUGGGACGACUUAUCCCGUGCUAAAAGUUUUGACAUCGGAUUUGCGACUGAAUGAAACAGCAUAUGAGGAGUAUGGUCCGAUGUACAUGGGCCUCCAGAACGUGUGGGCUACCUUCUUCGACUAUGCCAAACUCCCGGCGGCAAUUACAUGGAUUGCUACGUUUGGUUUCGUCCAGGUGGCAGGGAACUUGAAACGGGUCAUCGCAUCCUAUAGCAAAGAAUCACGCUCAAUGGGGGAGGGCAUCCAUAAUCAAUACAAAGACCGCCUCAAUGUCAUCCAACAACAAUACAAGGAGAUUCCCUGGUGGUGGUACUUGGCCCUUUUUACUGUGGGAUUCGUGAUCCUCAUCACUGCUCUAGCAUGCGGAUAUCUCUUCAUUCCCAUUUGGACGCUUUUUGUCGCUCUGAGCACUGCUGCCAUCUGCGUCAUACCAUUUGCUUGGCUUUACGCAAUUUCAAACUACCAGAUUGCCACUGGAUCGUUUAAUGAAUUGAUGUAUGGAUACAUGGUUCACACGAAGGCUGGAGAAGGUCACCAGCAUCCCUGUGGACCUUCUGUGUAUGGAGCUAUUGCUGGAGAUGCAUGGUAUCGGGCCCAGUACAUGUUGCAGGAUCAAAAGAUCGGUCACUAUAUGCACAUCCCACCACGAACAGUGUUUUUCUCUCAGAUAUUUGGCACUAUUCUUGGCGUGCCCAUCAACUACGGUGUGGUUCGUUGGAUCUUAAUCACCAAGGGUGACUUUCUCACGGGGGCAAAGAGUGACCCUUCCAACCAAUGGACAGGACAAAAAUUGACGUCUUCCAACACACUUGGCGUUCAGUAUGCAGUUCUUGGCCCAAAGCGGCUAUUCGCACAGAAGGAAAUGUCGAUUCUUCCCUGGUCCUUCCUCGUGGGGGCUGUGCUACCCCCUCUGCUGUACCUUCUGCACCGGAUGUUUCCACGCUGGCGUGUAGACCUGUGGAAUGUCAGCAUCUUCUUUUCCGGAAUGGCUGUUUUUUACGGCAACAUCAGUACAGGCUAUACAUCUGCCAUCAUCGGCGGCUAUGUGGUGAUGUAUCACAUCUACCGGCGGCAUUUUGAAGUCUGGAGGCGGUACAGCUACAUGGUGGCUGCAGCUUUUGACGCCGGUUUCAAUUUGAAUAUGCUAUUGAUUUUUCUCUUCUUUGGAUCUGGAAAACUGAUUUCCAUGCCAAAUUGGUGGGGAAACAAUACGACCUCGGUAGAAAGAUGUUUUGCUUUGGAUUAG